AUGAUCCUCACACCGCUUUUCCUAGCCCUCCUCCCCCUUGUCUCUACCGCUCGUGUCCACAAGCUCAAGCUCCAGAAACUCCCUUCUGCAGCGAGCAACCCUGGCCUGGAGAGCGCCUACCUUGCACAGAAGUAUGGUGCCCCUCCUCAGCUCCAGUUUCCCCUUAUGGGCGCUGGUGGUUCGGGUCGUCGGGUUGAACGCCCUGCCAUCAAGGAUGGCGAGCAACUCUUCUGGACUCAGGAAGAGCUGAAAGGAGGCCAUGGUGUCCCACUGACCAACUUCAUGAAUGCGCAGUACUUCACCGAGAUAGAUAUCGGUUCUCCUCCCCAGACCUUCAAGGUCAUUCUUGACACCGGGUCCAGCAACCUCUGGGUUCCAAGUACCAAAUGCACGUCUAUUGCUUGCUUCUUGCAUACCAAGUACGACUCGAGCGCCUCCUCAACAUACAAGGCCAAUGGGUCCGAAUUCUCCAUCCAAUACGGCUCGGGUUCUAUGGAAGGCUUUGUCUCCAACGACCUUCUCAAGAUCGGUGACUUGACGAUCAAGAGCCAAGACUUUGCAGAGGCUGUCAAGGAACCUGGUUUGGCGUUCGCCUUUGGAAAGUUUGACGGCAUCCUCGGUCUGGCCUACGACACUAUUUCAGUCAAUCACAUCACUCCUCCAUUCUACAGUAUGAUAAAUCAAGGCCUCCUUGAUUCGCCUGUGUUCUCUUUCCGUCUCGGUUCCUCUGAAGACGAUGGCGGAGAAGCUAUUUUCGGUGGCGUUGAUGAUUCGGCCUACAGGGGAAAGCUUGAUUACGUCCCAGUUCGUCGGAAGGCUUAUUGGGAGGUCGAACUCGAGAAGGUGUCGUUUGGCGGUGAAGAGCUUGAGCUCGAGAACACUGGGGCUGCCAUUGAUACUGGAACAUCUCUUAUUGCAUUGCCAACAGACAUCGCAGAAAUGCUUAAUGCCCAGAUCGGCGCUAAGAAGACCUGGAACGGCCAAUAUCAAGUUGACUGCGCUAAAGUCCCGACCCUUCCUGAACUCAGCUUCUUCUUCGGUGGCAAGCCAUAUCCCCUCAAGGGAACUGACUACAUCCUCGAGGUCCAAGGUACCUGCAUAUCUUCCUUCACUGGAAUGGAUAUCAACUUGCCUGGAGGCUCCCUAUGGAUCAUCGGUGAUGUUUUCCUUCGCAAGUACUACACGGUUUACGAUCUCGGAAGGAAUGCUGUCGCCUUCGCCCCAGCUGCAUAA